CGGGCAGCAAGACGGCUGAGGAAGAGAAAGUUUCUCCUGGAGGACGAGGAGGAGGAGGAGGAGUUGCGCUGAGUCAGGAUGGACAAAGUGGAGCGAGUGAUGAAGAUGAUGACGAGGAUGUCGCCCAGGAAGAAGAGGAGAGAGGGAGGAAGAGCGGCGGCGGUGGCGGCGGGGAGCCCCGACACCUUCUGCGAUGAACUGUGUCGCUUUGGCCUCUGCGUCGGCGAUGACGGACCAUACGGAAAGACAAAGGACGUCUCUGGGCCGGAACUCAACACUGCCGCGAGGAGACACAGCAUAGCAGAAGCCCUGCGGGGUGUGACCCUGGUGGAGUUGGUGAAGAAGGAAGGCAGCACGCUGGGCCUGACCAUCUCAGGAGGAACCGACAAGGACGGCAAGCCGCGGGUUUCAAACCUGCGGCCCGGCGGGCUGGCCGCUCGGAGCGACCGGCUGAACGUGGGCGACUUCAUCAAGUCGGUGAACGGCAUCAACUUGACCAAACUGCGGCACGACGAGAUCAUCAGCCUGCUCAAGAACGUCGGCGAACGGGUCCUGCUGGAGGUCGAGUACGAGCUGCCGCCCACAGCACCAGACAGCACGUCAGGAGUGAUCUCCAAGACGAUCGACAUCUGUUUGCACAAAGAAGGGAGCAGCUUUGGCUUCGUGGUGAGAGGCGGCAUCCACGAGGACUGGCACAAGUCGCGCCCCCUGGUGGUCACCUACGUGCGGCCCGGAGGCCCCGCAGACAGGGAGGGCACGCUGCGUCCGGGCGAUCGCCUCCUGACGGUGGACGGCGUGCCGCUGCACAACGCCAGCCACGGCGAUGCCCUCAGCGUAUUGGCACAGUGCGGACAGGAAGCCCUGUUCCACAUCGAGUACGACGUCACUAUCAUGGACACAUUGACCAAUGCGUCAGGUCCUCUCCUGGUGGAGAUAGCCAAACCUCCAGGGGCCACGCUGGGCAUCACGCUGACGUCGGCCAGUCAUCGCAACAAGCGAGUCAUCGUCAUCGAGCGGGUCAAGCCCGGAAGCGUGGUGGACAGAUACGGAGCGUUGCACGCCGGGGACCACCUGCUGUCCAUCGACGGCACGUCCACGGAGCACUGCGGCGUCCUGGAGGCCGCGCAGCUGCUGGCCAGCACCACCGAGCUGGUCAGGCUGGAGAUGAUCCCUGCGCACCAGACCAGGAUGACUGGGAGCAAACGUCACGACACUGUGAAGGUCCAGAAGUCGGACCACCCUCACCCUCACUCGUGGGACCCGUGCGUCAACUUCUGCCCGCCGCUGGCAAACUCCACCCUGCACAAGUCAUGGACCGCCUCCAACAACAACGUCGUCAACAACAAUAACCUUGACUACUGCAAGUCUCUGGUGUCGGCCGGUUUCUCUCCGGGCUCCACGACGGCGUCGGGCCCCAGCAGCCAAGGUUCCGCCACGCUCCCCAGGCCCGCGGUCCCCAUGAGCCCCCGGAACUCUCUGCUCAAACGCAGACACCGAAAGAAAGACCACAAAAGCUCCCUUUCGCUUGCGUCCAGUUCAGUGGGUCCGGGCGGUCAGGUGGUCCACGUGGAGACCGGCGAGGUCAUCCUGAUGGGCGACCCCCUCAACGGCUUUGGCGUCCAGCUGCAAGGAGGAAUCUUUGCCACCGAAACGCUUUCCGCGCCGCCGCUCGUACGAUUCAUCGAGCCCGACAGCUCGGCCGAGAGGUGUGGCCUCCUGCAGGUGGGCGACCGGCUGCUGUCCAUCAACGGCAUCGCCACGGAGGACGGCACCCUGGAGGAGGCCAACCAGCUGCUCCGCGACGCCGCGCUCGCCAACAAAGUGCUCCUGGAGAUCGAGUUCGACGUGGCAGAGUCCGUGGUCCCCAGUAGCGGAACUUUUCACGUCAAACUACCCAAGAAGAGAGGUGUGGAGCUAGGACUCACUAUUAGCGCCAAUAAGAAGGCAGGAGAGCCUCUCAUCAUUUCCGACAUCAAGAAGGGCAGCAUGGCCCACAGGACGGGAACUCUGGAGCCGGGUGACAAACUUCUGUCCAUCGACAACGUGCGUCUGGAUUCGUGCUCGCGGGAGGAGGCCGAGCAAAUCCUGCAGCAAUGCGAGGAGCUGGUCAAGCUCAAGAUCCGCAAGGACGAGGACAACUCGGACGAGCAGGAGACGUCUGGCAGCAUCAUCUACACGGUGGAGUUGAAGCGCUACGGCGGCCCGCUGGGCAUCACCAUCUCGGGCACGGAGGAACCCUUCGACCCCAUCACCAUCUCCGGACUCACCAAGCGAGGCCUGGCCGAGAGGACGGGCGCGAUCCACGUGGGCGACCGCAUCCUGGCCAUCAACAGCGUCAGCCUGAAGGGCAAACCCCUGAGCGAGGCCAUUCACCUCCUGCAGAUGGCCGGGGAGACCGUCACGCUCAAGAUCAAGAAGAUGCUCGACGACGAGAGGAAAGCGAGCGAGGCGGACGACGCCACGGAGAACGAGCUGAGCGACGGCGAGGAGGACGACUUGACCGACUUGACGGACAGCCGGCAGACCGACAAACUGUCGGAACUUUACGCCACCGCCGUCCCCAGCGUGGACUCGGCCGUGGACUCGUGGGACGGAUCCGGCCUGGACGCCGGGUACUGCAGCCAGGGCACGUACAGCCACCAGGCCUCCACUGGCAUCGCCCUCCACCCUCACGAGUGGCGUAGCGCCAAGCUGCAGCAGCAGCAGCAGCAGCAGCAGCGCACAGUUACGCCCCCUCCCGGCUGCCGGAAGAACUACCCCUUCAGCGACGGCGGCUUCAGCGAGGACGAGUGGGAAAAAUCGGCGGGUUUCCUCGGCCAACCCUCGGACGGAAUUCUGCUGGACUCGGACGACAGUUUCUGGUGUCAGGCCCUGGAGGACCUGGAGACAUGCGGCCAAUCGGAACUGCUCAGAGAAAUCGAGGCGUCCAUCAUGACCGGCACGGCCAUCGCCUUGGACGUAGAAGGCGUCAACAAGCCUGCCACGGAUCCCGGCCUGAGCUUGCGGCGUAACGCCCUCCUCCGCCAGGGGGCGCACCUGCACGAGGAGCUGCAGCUGCACGACGACCGAGACGCCCGCCUGCAGGUCCACUUCCACGCCGACGAGCUGCUCCACCCGGGCUCGCACUUGUUCCAGGACAGCCUGUCCCCGCCCGCGCACCACGAGUCCAAGUCCAAGGCCUCGUUGAGGGUGUCGGAAAGGACGUGGGAGUCCCGCCGCAUCAAGGAGGAGAUGCAAGGGCUCCUGUCGCCGACGCCUCUGGAGCUGCACAAAGUCACGGUGAUAAAAGAUCCCGAAAGUGACGACUUCGGUUUCAGCGUGUCCGACGGCUUCCUGGAAAAGGGCGUUUACGUCAACAUGGUCCGACCCGACGGCCCGGCCGACCGAUCGGGCCUCCGACCCUACGACAGGAUCCUUCAGGUGAACCACGUCAGGACCCGGGACUUCGACUGCUGCCUGGCGGUGCCGCUCAUCACGGAGGCGGGCGACCGGUUGGAACUGGUCAUCAGCCGCAACCCGCUUGACGGCGCCGAGGACGACGACAACACUCUGGACCGCCCUCCCCUGGACCUGUAGACCGGAUGCAGCGGACAGUCAGCGUGACACCUUUCCAGCUGACUGACUCCGUGUUGCCCCUGGUGGUUCUUUACCUUUGCCACGAAACCCAACGGAUGACGUCCGCGCGGCCCGCGGAGUAUUUGCAGACGUCCGCUUUACUGCUCAACUUGCACAAACAACGUAAAUCCACCGGAGGGCCCGCAAGAACCUUUUUACAUGCAGCGCAGCACAAGUAGAGCGUGUCGUCCCCAGGGCGCCGCGCCACGAUGUCAUCGCAGUUUUCACAAUUUGUUUUUUUUUUUUUACUGCCUUCGAAACACUGCAUGGAAAAAGGUAUUGCGGCAAAACAUUCGUCUAAAUGCCCACAAUUUCCCCUCUGAUCACAUCUGAUGCGUGUCCCAAUAUUUUUGCCAAAGUAUAUUUUGACUUCCUGUUUUGUCCAAAUUCCCAAUUAUUUUCCAACUUCCUGUAGCUGUCCCAAUACUUUUGUCCAAUUUCCCUUUUUUUUUUUUUCUUUUUGUCUAACCUCCAUCUCUCCUUCUGUCCCAAAACUUUUUGGGCCCCAAAAUUCACGGGUUGCGGUUACCAUGGCAACAAUUGAAUUUCUUCUUCUUCCCCUUCUCUGAGUAAGUGCUUCCUGCCUUUCUUGGCUUUGCUUGUCUGUGUGGAAACUUCCGGAAUUAUGCGGUCACCCUCAAUUGCCCCCCCACACAUUUUCCACACACACCCCCCCCCCCACUCAUAUUAUUUUUAGUCCCCCCGCAUUCCAUCCUGUCCCGCAGCUUUACAUCAGCGUCACCUGCUGCUGUUUUCUUCCGGAACAUCACCCUCUCGGAGGCAAUUAUUUGUGGAUUAGCGGCGCUAAGAGGGGCCCACACGCCCGUCACAUGAACUCGCCCACCCGAUAACACCCCCCCCCCCCACGGCAGUCCUUCUUAAACACCCCCUCAACAACCGCGAACGCCUCACAAAGUCAACUGGAACAUUCAGCGCUUCCACUCGCUCUGUGUUUCACACGCCGUCUUAAUGUCUCUCGGCCAUUCGUCACGCUCACCUUGAGGGUAAAUAGGCGCCCACCCGCCCGCCGUCCACCACACACAACUUCAGAUAAUGACGACAAACACACAAAUCUGUGUGAGUCUUUCCCAAAGUUUGGAAGGCCAACUUUUUGAAAGCAGCGUAGCCAUUGCUAACAUCGCCACAUAAUGGCCGCGCCUCCUCGCACACACCCGCAGUUCAUUUCAACAAAUAAUGAUCAGCCUCACACCCCCAGUGUGUGCGUGUGUGUGCUUGUGUGCACUACAACACUGUUGGUUUACAUGGAAACAAUGACAAACUUCACAAAGCACGUGUGUGUGUGUGCGUGUUUAAAAAAAAAAAAAAAAAAAAAAGCACAAUAUAAUGUAGUGUAAAUAUUGUCAUGACUUUUUAUAUGAAGACAUUUUGUAAGCAACAACAACAAGUUACUCAGAAAAGCCUUCCAAAGUCUCGUGUUGGUUUUCAUGUAUUUAUAAUGCGUGUGUGCGUGCGCGCGUGUUCCCUACGCAUCUCAACGUUAAAGUUCCGUUUGAAGCCCAAUCUGGAAGGGAAAUGUAGAAGAAACCAAACAAAAAGACCAAAAGCAUGAUGACUGGAAACGUUUUGCGUCGGACUCGCCUGUCUUUACUUUGUUUUUAAAUGGAAUGCAAAUGUCUUCCCCAAAUAAUACAACAAAGUCUUUUAUUUCCUACAUAGUGUUUUUAUGUAAAAAAAAUAAAUAAAUACCUCAUUGACCGCGAUUAAGAGCACACUUCUUUUUUUAAUCGCUCUGGUGCCUUGAGAUACAAGUGGAAUUCAUCGCCAUGCUUGUAACGCAAAACAUUUGUAUCGUGUUUCCCCCCGUUGGGAUGAAUGGAGAUGCCAUUCAUCUGUUGCAGGCUCCCGGAAAAACCCAACAACAAAAAUAGCACUCCAGAAUAAAACAUACAGUCAUGACAUCGUUAAAUGAAAAAACAAUUUCUCAUUCUGGUCUGGGGGUCAGUAAAAAACAGACUUAGGACUAUACUGUACUGGAGGCUCAGCUCCUCUCUGGGCUUCUCAGUACGGCAGGAGUAUUCGUUGGUCUUGGCAGAGGAUAAAGAAUAUAUGUGAGUAUUAUUACAUAUGACCGGCACGGUGGACGACUGGUUAGCACGUCUGCCUCACGGUUCUGAGGACCGGGGUUCAAUCCCCGUCCGUGCCUGCGUGGCUUUUCUCCGGGCACGCCGCUUUCCUCCCACAUCCCAAAAACAUGCGUCGUCGGUUAACUGACGACUCUGAAUUGCCCGUCGGUGUGAAUGUGAGUGCCGAUGGUUGUUUGUUUGUAUGUGCCCUGCGAUUGGCUGGCCACCGGUUCACGGUGUACCGCGCCUCCUGCCGAUGAUAGCCGGGAUAGGCUCCGGCGCGCCUGCGACCCGCGUGAGGAGAAGCGGCUCAGAAAAUGGAUGGAUAUUAUUACAUAUUAUCUGUUACGUGUGUUGCUGCACCGCUUGUGUAGACAACGCCACGUUAGCAUGUGCGCUUUGUUUGCAUUUAGCUAGUGGAGGCUAAGUAGUGGUUUUAGUAAAUAAACAAUUCUUUUUGUGUGAUGUUUAGCGGUCAAGCGGGCGUGGCAAUAAACAGCCUGAAGGCUUUUUGGGCCGAAUUGUUCACUCCGUGCCAAAUUGUCAUCGUCAAGUGAGUUGGAGUCACCUUCCCACCGACGACUCGUACGUCGGGUCACUCGCAUCUCAAGGCGCCGCUGUGCAGUGUCAAAGACGUUUCAUGCAGAGGGCAAGUAGUAUGAUAUGAGAUCAUGCAGCAAAAUGAAUUUUGUUGCCAAGAUUCCAAUCACCGCCAAAGCCUCCUGCCGCGCGUGUCCAAAUAUGGUCGAGUUCCUAUUUUGCACAAAUCUGUUCUUUUUAUGCGCUAUGAACCAAUUGAAAAUGUCAUCUUGAUUAGCAAUCUCUUGAACACUCAACCGACAGAGAAGUGUCAUAAAACUCUGCGGGAGCCGUGCGGCGUUUUGUCGCCUCAAGACUUCAAAUCCUGAAAAUGAUGCAAUAUUUGUUAUCGUUGGGGAUUAAAUUGCUUCAAUGCCUUCAAGAAAAGACAAAUAUUCUGAAUGAGUUGUUCUAUUUUUUUGGGUGUUUGUUAUUUAUCUGAAUUUGUGUUCAUUCGAUGACAUGUUGGUCUUGUUCACGCGUCAACAUUGUUUUUGUUUGGAUGAGAUUUAAGCGUAAAAAUCAGCCCGGCUUUUUCCUAAUUCCAGAUUGGGCAUUUUGUGUAUGUCAAACUCAGUGUAAUAUAAUAUUUUUCUACGACAAAUUUACUCUUCCCGAACGUGGGGAGCUAACGGGGGAAAAAAAAGAAAAAACGAGAGUUGUCAUGUGCAAAAUAAAACAUCAAACUUU